UUUAAUACACUUUUUGCCGUUCUCUGUGACUCCUCACUCUUCUGUAUUUCCAGACUGUACUGUGGAUCAUUCGUUUGCAACAUUUAACCAGAUUGUCAUGUUACGUUCCCCCGUUUAGGGUCCAGGGGAUGGAGGGAGUAACGAUAAAUUAAACCCAGGAAAGAGAGACGGGCAACGGAUGAGGUCAAACAAAAUGAUACAAUUUAUUAACAAUAAAUGAAAACGUGUUGAAAAUGUCUUAAAUCUACUCUCUAACAGAAAGCGUUACUGCCAACUACAGCACAGCACUACAACCAUAAACACACUUUAUUCACUGCAAGGAAGCCGCUGCCGACUGGGCACACACGUCCACCACCGAUGUAAACCACGCAACACACAGUCUAAACGCUGCCGUCUUGCCCACUGGCCCCGUCGGCUCCUCUCUCCUGGUAUCUUAUCCGCACGGCCCUGAUGGUUACCAGAUCCAAAAAGCACAUGAUGACCACAGUCUGUGUGUGGGCCCUGCUGCUCCUCUGGGCCUGUUCAGUGGACCCCUACCGGACUCCUUAUGAUGAGAGAAAAGAUCCAGAUCCCAGUCAGGACCACAUGGAAACAAAGAACUACCACCAACAUGCCAGGAGUAGGGAGUGUCGAAGAUGCUGCGACCCAGGAGAGGAGACUCCCCAUCAGUACCAGCACUACCCACAGUACCAGAUAGUACCACAGAUCAACAUUACUCUGCUCAAAGGUGAGAAAGGUGCUUUUGGUGAACGAGGACCUCAUGGUAAAUCAGGCAGAGCUGGUCAGACAGGUCCUCCAGGUCCCAGUGGCAUAAAGGGCAGCAAAGGCAGCGCAGGCCUCCCGGGUGAGCCCUGCAAGUCCUACUUUGCAGCCUUCUCUGUUGCCCGUAAAAGUCUACACUCCACUGACUACUACCAGACACUGGUGUUUGACACAGAGCUGGUCAACCUCUACGGUCACUUCAACAUGUUUACUGGUAAGUUCUACUGCUAUGUGCCUGGCAUCUACUACUUCAGCCUGAACGUGCACACGUGGAAGAAGGAGACGUACUUGCACGUGAUGCACAAUGAGCGGGAGGUGGUGAUCCUCUACGCCCAGCCCAGUGACCGCUCCGUCAUGCAGAGCCAAAGCCUGAUGCUGGACCUCGAGAGAGAUGACCAGGUGUGGGUUAGGCUCUUUAAAGGCGAGAGGGAGAACGCCAUCUUUAGUGACGACUUUGACACUUACAUCACCUUUAACGGACACCUGAUUAAGCCCAAAACUGAGUUGUAAGUAGGAGGAAAAAAGGUUGUAUAUAAUGUCGUUAUUUUUAUACCUAAAUAUGCUCUUAAAAUGUCAAAUUAAAAGAUCAUAAUUUUAAUGACCAAUUACGUUUUGAAUAUCACCAGGCCAAUCACAACACAUCCUAAGGUAGAGGACUGUUAGCUAACUAACAUUCCCUCCAAUGUACUGACAAAAUGGAUCGGUACCAGCACCAGUAAAAGCUCUAAAGUAUAUUGGUGAGGAAAUAUGACCUGAAUACAUUAAUAUUUACUUGAUAUGAUCAGAAGUGGGCCUUAAGGGUCCCGUAUUGUAAAAAGUGCGAUUUUCAGGUCUUUUAUAUUAUAAAGCAGAUUUAAAUGCUGUAUAAAUACUGUUAAACUAUCUAAACGCUCAAUAUACGGAGAAA